UGCUGGGUGUGGACAAGGAAUAAAAGGGGGUAAAAAAUCUGCUCCUAACCCUCACAGGCUUCACAGAGGAACAGCUUCUUCAAAGUUUGCAAGAUGGCCUUUUUCCAGAAAUUGUUCAAUCACGUCAAUGACGACACGGGUUUUAAAGCUGCUCCUGCUUUUGAGACAGGAUACUUUGGAACAGUGAAGGCUGAUACAAACUUCAAUGCCCAGAAUGAUGCUGCAAAAUUAAAGAAAGCCAUUGAAACCAAAGGUGUGGAUGAAGCCACUAUUAUAGAGGUGCUAGCAAAGAAAAGCAAUGCGCAAAGACAGCAGAUCAAAGCGGCUUAUCAGCAGAGUGCAGGAAAGCCUCUGGCAGAUGCGCUGAAAAAGGCGCUUUCCUCCCAUCUUGAGGAUGUGGUGCUGGCCUUGUUGAUGACCCCUUCUGAAUAUGAUGCUUUUGAGAUGAAAAACGCAUUGAAGGGUCUUGGGACAAGUGAGAAUGUCCUGAGUGAAAUUCUGGGGACAAGGUCAAACAAGGAGAUUACGGCGCUGAAGAAUAGUUUCAAAGAAGUAUAUGGCGAGAUGCUGGAGGAAGAUAUUAAUAGUGAUGUAAAAGGAAAUCUUGAAACUGCCCUGCUUGCCCUUUGCAAGGCUACCAGGAGUGAAGAUCGUAAUAUUGAUGACGCACAGGCUAAGAGUGAUGCAAAGGCUUUGUUUGAGGCAGGAGAGAAUCGGAUCGGUACAGUUUGCUCAGUUCUGAUUGACAUCCUCACAAACAGGAGUGAAGCUCAGCUGUGCAAAAUUUUCCAAUAUUAUAGCCAAUUAAGCAAAGAUGGUUUGGCCAAAGAUCUGGAGGGCGAGCUGAGUGGACACCUUGAAGACUGCCUGAUGACUCUGGUGAAGGCUGCUUGGAAUAAACCUGCCUACUUUGCGGAAAAGCUCCAACAUGCUAUGAAGGGUUUGGGAACCGAUGAUAACACACUGAUCAGAAUCAUUGUGAGCCGUUCGGAAAUCGACCUGCUGAAAAUCAUGCAGGAGUACAAGAGGAUGUACGGCAAAACCCUUCAGGAGGCCAUUCAGAGUGAAACAAAAGGAGAUUACGAGAAGAUCCUGCUGGUGCUCUGUGGCUCUCAGUGAACAACAAUCUUCAUUCAGCAGAGUAAACACAUCAUUUAAACAUGUCUGAAAUAUUCAUGACCGUCGAAAACACGUAACUCUUCUAGGUGUGGCUCUUGAGGAAUUUUACAUUAAAUCAUCCGUUGUGCAA